GCUGACCUAUGGUACCAGAGAAUCGCAGAUCUCAGGCCUUUUUCAAAGCUUUGCACCAAUCGUUAGUUGCGGUGUGCAUGUGUCUUUGAAAUUAUUCUCAGAAGAACACAUUAGACAAAAGAAAACCGAAGAUCGAGAGAAAAAUGUUUCGACUAGUAGCAAAGCAACGCACUGCCAUUGGUGCUGAAAUUGGAAAGCAUGUCAGGGCCAUUGCGACAUCACCCUUUCUAUCAAACAUGGUACCCAUGAGCAAAUUUGACCCAAACAAUGCAAUUAAUUAUGAGAAAAUGGACAGUAAUCUGAAAAUUAUUAAAGACAGGUUACAAAGACCACUUACUUUGUCUGAGAAGGUCCUAUACAGUCAUAUUGAUGACCCUAUCAACCAAGACAUUGAAAGAGGAAAGUCCUAUUUGAAGUUGCGCCCAGAUCGAGUUGCCAUGCAAGAUGCUACUGCACAAAUGGCAAUGUUGCAGUUCAUUUCAAGUGGUCUGCAAAGGGUUGCUGUACCUUCCACAAUUCACUGUGACCAUUUGAUAGAAGCACAACUGGGAGGAGAUAAAGACUUGGCACGGGCUAAAGAUAUCAACAAAGAAGUGUAUAACUUUCUGGCCAGUGCUGGUGCAAAAUAUGGUGUUGGUUUCUGGAAACCAGGUUCAGGAAUCAUCCAUCAGAUUGUUUUAGAGAAUUACGCUUUCCCUGGAGUUCUUUUGAUUGGAACUGACAGUCAUACACCAAAUGGAGGUGGUCUUGGUGGCUUGUGCAUUGGAGUGGGUGGUGCAGAUGCAGUUGAUGUUAUGGCAGGACUCCCAUGGGAACUCAAAUGUCCAAAGGUGAUUGGUGUGAAAUUGACUGGCAAGCUGAGUGGCUGGACAUCGCCAAAGGAUGUUAUUUUGAAGGUUGCUGGAAUUCUCACCGUAAAAGGUGGAACUGGUGCCAUUGUCGAAUAUCAUGGACCUGGGGUUGAUUCGAUUUCUUGCACAGGAAUGGGUACCAUCUGCAAUAUGGGUGCUGAAAUCGGUGCAACAACUUCCGUCUUUCCCUUUGGACCAAGCAUGGCAAGAUUUCUGCAUGCAUCCAAUAGAUCGUCUAUAUCUGAUUUGGCGGCCAAGUAUCAACACAUACUCUCUCCUGAUGAAAACGCGCCUUAUGACGAGCUGAUCGAGAUAAACUUGAGUGAACUUGAGCCUCAUGUGAAUGGCCCCUUCACUCCUGAUCUUGCUCAUCCAAUUGGAAAGCUUGGAGAAAAUGCAAAAGCUAAUGGUUGGCCGACCGAUAUAAAAGUUGGGUUGAUUGGAAGCUGCACCAACAGCAGUUAUGAAGACAUGACGCGAGCCGCUAGUGUUGCAAAACAGGCCUUGAGUCAUGGCAUUAAAGCGAAAUCGUUGUACACCGUUACACCUGGAUCAGAACAGAUUAGAGCUACGAUAGAACGUGACGGAAUCGCAGAGACACUAAGAGACUUUGGUGGCACUGUUUUAGCAAAUGCCUGUGGCCCAUGUAUUGGACAGUGGGACAGACAAGAUGUACCAAAAGGAGAAAAGAACACAAUCGUGACGUCAUACAACAGAAAUUUCACUGGUAGGAACGAUGCCAACAUAAACACGCAUGCGUUUGUUGCAUCACCUGAGAUUGUUACAGCUUUGGCAAUUGCUGGAGAUUUGAAUUUCAACCCGGAAACAGACUCCCUUAAGGGCAGCAAUGGCGAAGAAUUCAAACUGGAAAGUCCUUAUGGUGAUGAAUUACCUGAAAAGGGAUUUGAUCCUGGAAUGGACACGUACCAGGAACCACCUGCAGAUGGCUCAUCCCUCACCGUUGAUGUUGACCCAAAUAGCAAUCGUCUUCAGUUGUUGGAACCUUUCGAUAAAUGGAAUGGGAAAGAUUAUGAGGACUUGUUGAUAUUAAUCAAGAUUAAAGGAAAAUGUACCACAGAUCACAUCAGCAUGGCAGGACCAUGGCUCAAAUACAGAGGCCAUCUUGACAAUAUUUCAAAUAACAUGUUCAUUGGUGCAAUUAACACCGAAAAUGGCGAAGCCAAUAAUGUUAAGAAUUUGUUAACUGGAGAAUAUGGAGCAGUCCCUGACACAGCAAGGCAUUACAAGGCUCAAGGAAUGGGUUGGGUUGCUAUUGGAGACGAAAACUACGGUGAAGGAAGUAGCCGAGAACACGCAGCUUUGGAGCCAAGACAUUUGGGAGCACGGGCAAUCAUAGUAAAGAGUUUUGCACGGAUCCACGAAACAAAUCUCAAGAAACAAGGUAUUUUGCCAUUGGUCUUCGAAAACCCAUCAGACUACGACAAAAUACAACCAAAUGAUAGAGUUUCUCUGCUAGGAUUAAGUGAACUUUCACCCGGAAAGCCUGUUUCUUGCCGAAUCAAACAUGCAGAUGGAAGCACCGAAACCUUUAAUUUACUGCAUACAAUGAACGAGGGACAAAUCACAUGGUUCAGAGCUGGAAGUGCGCUGAACAGAAUGGCUGAAUUAAAACAGUAAUAACUAAAAAUAAUGGUUAUUUAUCAAUGUAUAUUUGCGAGAAAUAGUUCGUUUCAAAUGGCUAGUUUUGUUUAGGAAAAGAAUUUUAAAACAAAUAGCCUUAGUUCUUUGAUGUGUGUGUUGCAAAUGGCAUACCCCGUUGUCGCCAGGUUUAACAGGAAUUUUUAAUUAAUGCUGAUUUUUGAUAUUUUAAGGCUAGUCGCAAUUAACCUUAGUCUUUGAAAAAUCAAACAACGAGCAGAGAAUGAGUGUUUAAUUUUUUGUUUUUCUACAUGAAUUAAAUAUUUCUCAGUGAA